CUUUGAUCGGAUGGUUAUGCAAUUGCGUCGUGCCGCAAGUAUCGACAGACAUUCAGAAAUGGUACGCGGCCGAGUCAACUUUACAGCAAUUGAGCGCUCUGUUUGCGUUUCUUCUGUGUAAAAGACAAUCUCAUUCAUCCAACGAUUGAGAUUCGUACGAUCGGCAAUGGAUCAGUUGCUCGUGACAUUGUCGAUUCUGCUCGUGCUUCUGGCAGUGUACCGUCUUUUCAAAGCAACGCGGAACCCUUUCGAGGCGCAUGGCCUACCGUACAAAAGCUCGGUCCCUCUGCUGGGUAGCACGUGGGAAUGGAUACUGGGUCGAAAAUGUUUGGCGACAGUGGUCCAAGAGAUCUACAAUAUGGCACCGGACGCGAAAUACGUUGGACUGUACAACAGAAUGACGCCCGUCUUGAUGAUCCGAGAUCAACGGUUGAUCAAGUCGAUCGCCAUCACGAAUUUCGACCACUUUCGAAAUCAUCGAAACUUUGGCGAUCAACAAGUAGACCCCAUCUUCGGCAGUAAUCUGCUGGCGCUGCGCGACAACCGCUGGAAGGAAGUCAGGUCGUCGUUCACUCCGGUCUUCAGCUCCAGCAAGAUGAGGUCCAUGUUUCGUCUCAUGUCCGAGACCGCCGUGAACGUGGCGAGAUACUUGUCAACUUUGCCGGCAAACGAGAACGUGGUGGAGAUGAAGGACAUCUUCACGAGAUACGCCAACGACGUGUUCGCGACGUGCGCCUUUGGGAUCGCGAUCGAUUCGCUGGCUGAUCGAAACAAUCGGUUCUACAAGUUAGGCAGAGAAGUCCUCGACAUUCACAGCGUAGGGAUUCUCAAGCUCGCCGUGCUAUGGUUGUUGCCAGGGUUGGCCAAAAAAUUCGGCAUAACUCUGUUGAGCGACAAGACGACGGGUUUCUUCAAGAACCUGGUGUCCGAGAAUAUUCGAACGAGAGAGGAGAAAGGCAUCGUCCGGCCGGACUUUAUUCAACUGAUGACGGAGAGCAAGAAGAGCAGAGACAUGAGCGUCGAUGACAUCACCGCUCAGGCGUUUUCCUUCUUUUUCGGGGGCUUCGAGACCACGUCCGGUCUUUUGUGCUUCGCCGUCCACGAGGUGGCCGCGAACCAGGAGAUUCAACGGAGGCUCCACGCGGAGAUCGACGCCGCUCUGGCCGAUUGUCAACACGACGAGAUCACCUUGGAAAGAUUGGACAGCCUCGAGUAUCUCGACGCCGUGAUCAACGAGACUCUGCGAAUGUAUCCAGUCAUACCAUUUACCGACCGAGAAUGCUCGAUACCGUUCGAGUUGCCGGCAACUCUGCCAGGCGCCGAACCGUACGUGAUGGAGCGUGGCUCUCACCUGUGGUUCCCAAUCUACGCGAUCCAACGCGACCCGAGGUAUUUCGAGAAACCCGACUGCUUCGAGCCGGAUCGAUUUUUGGACAAAGGAAGUAAUCUGGCCAAUAACGGGGCGUAUCUGCCAUUUGGCAUCGGACCGAGGAACUGUAUCGGUAAAAGGUUCACGCUGAUCGAGGCCAAAGUCGCCUUGUUUCACAUUCUCGCUCGCUGCCGGCUCCAAGUUUGUUCCAAGACGACCGUGCCUAUGGAACUAAAGACCAGAGGAGUGUUUCUCACCGCGAAAAAUGGAUUCUGGUUGCGUGUCGAUCCUAGAGCUGCGUCUGUGAAUUGCCGAUAUGUGAAUACCUGCCAAAAGCGCGAAAUAACAAUGUAUCUGGAAAUGGAUUGGUGGCCGACAAUCGCGGCCUUGUUGGCCGUGCUAGCGGUGCUCUGCUACCGAGCCACUCGUAACUAUGACUUCUUCAAGAAACGUGGAAUUCCGUACGAAAAACCGAUGCCGUUUUUAGGAAACAUGUGGGAGGCAUUCUUUCAGCAAUUGUCGUUCGCCGAGAUCGUAGAAAAGAUUUACAAUUCGAAUCCCGAGUCAAAGUACGUCGGUUUCUUCGAGUUCGAUUUGCCUCAGAUUAUGAUUCGAGAUCUCGACCUGAUCAAGUCCAUCACCGUGAAGAAUUUCGACCACUUUCCAAACCACAGAAUGGCUUUUGACCCAGACCUGGACCUUCUCUUUUCCAAGAACCUCUUUUUCCUGCGCGACGAAAGGUGGAAGGAAGUACGAAACAUAUUGACACCGGCCUUCACGUCCAGCAAGAUGAAGUCCAUGUUCCUGUUGAUGCGCGACUGUGCCAAAGAGUACGGCGAUUAUUUCGCUUCCUUGGCCGCCGACCAGUCGAACUUGGAGUUGAAAGACGCGUUCGCCAAGUACACCAACGACGUGAUCGCCACUUGCGCGUUCGGCAUUAACGUCAACUCGAUGAAAGAUCCGAAAAACAUGUUCUACGUGUACGGCAGAGAGGCAACCAACUUUGGAGCAGCGCAGAUGCUCAGGUUUUUCGCAGCGAGAAAUUUUCCGUGGUUAUGCCGAUUGCUCCAGAUCAAGAUAUUCAAGAAAAAGAUCGUCGAAUUCUUCAAGGACUUGGUAGCCAAUGCGAUAAAAGUCCGAGACGAAAACGGUAUCGUUCGUCCGGACAUGAUUCAGUUGAUGAUGGAGACUAGAGGGAAAUUGGGGCCAGGCAAAGAGUUGACCAUCGACGGCAUGACUGCUCAGGCGUUCAUCUUCUUCUUCGCUGGAUUCGAGAGCACCUCAACUCUCAUGUGCUUCGCCGCUUACGAGGUCGGCAUCAACGACCAGAUACAGAAAAGAUUGCAAGAUGAGAUCGAUCAGGUUUUGGAGGACUGCAACGGCCAGGUUACGUACGAGGCCAUCAACGGCAUGAAGUAUCUGGAUGCUGUCAUUCUCGAGAGUCUUCGGAAGUACCCGUCGGCGGUCGCUACCGACAGAGUCUGCGUGAAACCGUUCGAAUUGCCGCCACGCGUGCCGGGAGCGAAGCCGUACGUCGUGCAACAAAACGACAACAUAUCCAUACCGAUUUAUGGCAUUCAUCACGAUCCACAGUACUACCCGGAGCCGAAGAAAUUCAAUCCCGAUAGAUUCUACGACGAUCCGAAACAGAUGUCCAACUCUCUCAUGUUCCUCUCGUUUGGGCAGGGUCCCAGGAUGUGCAUCGGCAACAGGUUCGCCCUAUUAGAAACGAAAGUGUUGCUUUUCUACAUUUUCGCCAAGUGCGAUCUCGCACCGUGCGCCAAAUCUUCCAUACCGUUGAAACUGGACAGGAAAGUAUUCUCUAUGACGUCGGAGGACGGGUUCUGGCUGAAAAUCCAGCCGAGAAAUGCAAAGAGAGCGUAGCUGGAGAAGACUGCGAUCGCAGGGUCGACCAUGCUCAUCGAGAAGGUUCCCGACAGACAUCGCGACAAUUAAGUUACGUUGCACCAUACACGACGCAUGCAAUAUCCAUUGCUGCAACUUUCUCGUCUGUCUAGUGAUACGUUUCUUCGUAGCAGGAACUUCGAAAGCGAGUCUAUGACCGAUUUGUUUUAAAUCUUUUUACUAUUAGGCGUAAUGUGCUAUAAUGGAAUGUGAUAUAAGUAAAAUGUGACGUUGAAAUAUA